GUUCUUUCGGAAGGUUUAUCUUGUUUUCGUCAAACACAGCGAUCCUCUCUAUCAGAGCAACCAAAAUGCAACUCCAAACCCAAUCCUUCGCUCUCAAUCUUCUGCCAUCUCCAAAUUUCGCCAAACCCAUCGAGAGACGUGAAUUCAUCUCUCUAAAACGAGACCCAUCUCGUCCAAUUUCACUCCGAUGUUCCGUUUCCACGACUUUGGAUACUCCGGCGACCGCUUCGACCCACAAGCCCUUUCCGGCGGAGGUUUCAAGGAGUAUCAUGGAGCUUUCAUCUGUUGGAACUCUCUCCACUUUGACCCACGACGGUUGGCCUCUCGGCGUAGGAGUUCGCUUCGCCGUUGACAAAGAUGGCACUCCUGUUCUUUGCCUCAAUCGCUCUGUCUCUCCUGACAAGAGGUCUGCUCUUCAUGUUCAGUUAGAACAAUGUGGAUUGAGGACUCCUCAGUGUACGAUACAAGGUAGCAUUGGUCGACCUGGAGACGAUACUGUUCUAAAGCGUCUUAGUGCUACAUGGAGGGAAAAGUUUGGCGAAGAAGUUAAGGAAGACAGUUUAUAUGUUGUUGCAGUUGACCGUGUUCUCCAAAUGGAAGAUUUCAUGGAGGACGGAAUCUGGGUGGCGUCAUCAGAUUACAAAAAUGCAAGUCCUGACCCUCUUCGAGAUAUUGCAGAAGAUAUUGUCAACCAGAUUAACGCUAACAACAUGGAAGACAUCUUCCGUUUCUGCAAUGUAUACGUGGAUCUAGACUUUGUGGUUUCAGAAACAAAGAUGAUAUGGAUGGAUAGGCUUGGAUUCGACCUUCGGGUAUGGUCUCCACGAGGUGUAUAUGAUGUGAGGAUUCCAUUUCCAAUGGAAGUAACAGAUGAAAAGGGAGCAAAAUCAUCCUUCAAUGGAAUGUCACAGCUCGCUUGGGAAGUAGAGAAAAGCUAUUGCCCUGCAGAUUUCAACAAGGUCAAACUACUUAAGCAAGUUGUGGGAUCAUCUCAUUCUCACAAGGGAGGAGGACAAUAACAAUACUAAUGACUUUUUUUUGCUUGUCCCCAUUAUUCUUUAUUUACAAGUUGAUGCCAAAAUUGUGCAUUGGCUCUCGUGGAAUAGUAUAUGUUUACUUGAAGUAAUGUUUGUCAUCUUUUUUUAUAUAUAAGUUCAUAUAUAUAUGCCCCAAAUAAACAUUAGU